GUAGAUCAUUUUACAUAAAAUAUUUACUCCAUUUAUUUAAUUAAUGAAGGAAAACAUGAUCUUUCAGUAGAUAAUAUGUUUUUCCUUUUCAUAUUUACAUAUAUCUAUCAGUAUGAGCAUUGUCAUUUUAUUUAAUACAAGCAUAGUCUAACAUAAUGUCCCAAUUAGAUGAAAAUGAGUUGAAAGAAAUUCUAGGGGGGUCAAAAUCGUAUGAUAUCUACGAAAUUUUCAAUAAGGAAGUCAAAGAAAAUGAUUGCAAGGAAUGUAUAUCAAAAAUCGGACAGCACAAAGAUAAAUACCAAGAUAUUUUUGCAACAUGCAACAAGAUUGAAAAAAAUUUAAAAGAAAUAGUAGCUAUGCAAAAUGUUAAUGAUCGUAGAAGUAGAUGCAAUCAAUUUCAAUAUUGGGUUUAUGAUCAAAUAAGGAAAUUUUAUAUAAAAUAUGAAAAAGACAGUGUUGCUAAAUCUGCUGUUAGUAAGCUUUAUGAAGUAGGAAGUAAUAUUAAUAGAGCUAAAACUACCCCUUGUGCUUAUUAUUCAUCUGAAAAAUUAAAAAUAUUAAAGGAAGAGAAGGAUUUGUAUGAUUAUUUUAACAACCAUAAAAGUGUUAAAAGUAAAAUAUCUACUCCUAAUGAUAAAUGUGAUAAAUAUAAAAAGUAUCUUAAUCACAUUGAUAUGCUGUACAAAAAGCAUAAGGAUGAAAAUGGUGAUCAUGAUUGCUGUUUUUUUACAUAUGAAUGUACUAACUAUUUUAUGUGUGAAGAUGAGUAUGAUCCGGAUAAACUAAUAAAAGCAUUAAAAUGUGAAGAACAGAAGGUCCCACUCAAACCAAAAGUGGUAUCUGGAUCUACAACCACUGGGGGGGAUCCUAAAACGAAUAGAGCAGGUGCAGAUACACAAAAGAAUCAGGCUGCUUUAACUCCAAAAAAGGAUGUUAAAGACUCUGCAGGAAAUGCUGCUACAUCUGGAGGAUUUAUGUCCUGGUUGCUUGGGCCCCCUCGUGGAGCUGCAAAAGAAGUUCAUUCUAAGCCAGCUAAUGGAGUUGGAAGUACGGUUCAAUCUAAACCACCUGGGAUUGUUGGCGCCCAAACUAAACCAAGCACAGAGCCACGCGUUCAACUAGGAAAAACUGAACAAGCAGUCGAGUGCCCAGGUUCAGCAUCCACCGGUGGUACUUCAUCAUGCGUUAAUCUAGCAAAAUCAAGUGGUAAAGAAAAUACCGUAGCACAAGAUCGUUCUACAUUAUCAACUCCACGGGAUAGUACAUCGAAACAAAACACUGCAGAAGCAGAAAUAAAUAAAGGAUCUCAUAAUUUGUUAGGAAGAGAGACUGAUAGCAUAGUAGGUCCUACGAAUGCUAUUGGGUUCACCGAUUCACACUUGAACCAAGAAUUUGAGCAGUCUUCUCAAAAUAGUAUUGUAAAUUCGGGCGUAUUAGAUGGAAUACAUGGUUUAUUUGGUUCAAGUUUAUUCCGCAAUAUCUCUGUAACUGCUUUAAUUUUGGGAACGAUUUUUAUGUUUUUCUGGCAUUAUAGGGUAUGUACUGAUGAUAUUUAA